AUGGCGCACAAAAUCACAGUCACCCUGCCCCAGCUGGCCAAGAUGAUCGACCACUCGCUCCUCCACCCCACCAUGACCGACGCCGACAUCAUAGCCGGCCUUAAAAUUGCCCGCGACAACCACGUCGCAACCGCCUGCGUCAAACCCUACGCCAUCCCCUUAGCUAAGAAAGAGCUCGCCGGAUCAGACGUUCUCGUCUGUCCGGUCAUUGGAUUCCCCCACGGCAACAGCACCACCGAGAUCAAGGUCCUCGAAGCCACCGCUGCCGCGAAGGCUGGCGGAGCCGAGAUCGACAUGGUGGUCAAUGUGGGCAAGGUUCUCGGGGAGGAAUGGGACUAUGUGGCGGAGGAGAUUCGCCAGAUCAACGAUGCUGUGGUUGCCAAUGGGGCAAUUUUGAAGGUCAUCUUCGAGAACGAUUACUUGCGCUCUGAGCAUAUUGCUCGUCUGUGUGAGAUAUGUACCCAGAUUGGAGUGGCCUUUGUCAAGACUUCGACUGGAUAUGGAUUUGGUGCCACGGUACAGGCUGUUAAGUUGAUGAGGGAGAAGUCUGGCGAGAAGGUGCAAAUCAAAGCUGCCGGUGGAGUUCGCACGUUGGAUGAUCUGCUACAUGUCAUGAGUUUGGGUGUUACUCGCAUUGGAGCCACGGCUACUGUGGCAAUUUUGGAGGAUGCCAAGAAGCGUGGGAUAGGGAACGAGCCUGUUGAGGUGGCGUUUAAGCCAAUGGCGGAGGCAUCUGGAGGCUACUGA